AUGGAUCGUCUCAAUCAACACACAGGAAAAUAUGAGCCAGAUAUCGACUUUCCCAAUGACACUCGCAGCCACGAAUCCGACGACACAAUUGAGGAAAUCAACUCUCUCGAGCUUACCCGUAUCAACACCUAUCGACUGCAACAGAAAACUACCGUAGGCUCUACGCGAGGGCCUACUCCCCGCGAAAGGUGGCUUCCUAUGGGUGCCAACAAAGAGUACCCACCUCUACUCCCGGAUUCUGAGGACUAUGUCGUGGAGUUUGACGGAGCCAACGAUCCCUUACACCCUUACAAUUGGUCUACACCUAGGCGAAUAAUGUUAGUUUGUAUCCUAUGUUAUGGUACCUUCGCCGGGUCGUUUACCAGCGCUGUAUUCUCGGCUGCUAUUUCUGGCUUUGGCGAGGAGUUCAACACAAGCACCGAAAUUGGCUCACUCGGAGUGGCACUCUAUGUUCUUGGGUUCGCAGCCGGGCCAACAAUUUGGGCACCAGGAUCAGAGCUGAUCGGCAGGCGUUGGCCACUGUCUCUUGGACUCUUCGGAUGUGCCAUCUUCACCCUAGCAUGUGCAGUUGCCAAAGACAUACAGACUGUCAUGAUCUGUCGUUUCUUUGGUGGUCUGUUCUCGGCGAGUCCCAUUUCAGUCGUUCCCGCCGUGUUCGCAGACUUGUUCAACAACACACAACGGGGCGUGGUGAUGUCGAUUUUCUGCAUGGCGGUGUUUAUCGGGCCCUUUUCGGCACCGUUUGUGGGUGGCUUCAUUGCAAUGAGCUCCCUGGGUUGGCGGUGGACGAUGUAUAUAUCUGCAAUCAUGGUGUUCCUAGGGUUUGUCCUAGUCUUUGUCUUCCUUGACGAGACUUAUGCUCCAGUCAUCCUUGUCCGCAAGGCAGCUACCCUACGCCGACAGACUCGGAAUUGGGGCAUCCAUGCAAAGCAAGAUGAAGUGGAAGUGGAUCUCGCGGAGCUUCUGCGCAACAACUUUGCCCGACCCAUUGUGAUGUUGGUCACGGAACCCAUCCUGCUUUUGGUCUCAUUGUAUAUCUCCUUCGUCUAUGGCCUAAUCUAUGCUCUGUUAGGCGCAUACCCUGUUGUCUUCCAAGGCGUCUACGGAAUGGGUACUGGUGUGGGUGGACUUGCGUUCAUGGGCCUCAUCAUCGGUGAACUCCUUGGUGGCGUUUACAUCCUCCUGAUACAGGGUUCGUACAAGAAGAAGCUGGCGGAAAACGGUGAUAAGCCUAUCCCCGAAUGGCGCCUUGCGCCAGCGAUUAUAGGAGCUGUGUUAUUUGCCGGAGGAUUGUUUUGGUUCGGCUGGACCGGAUACACUUCAUCCAUUCACUGGAUUGCUCCUGUGGCUUCGGGGCUCCUCACCGGAGGCGGGAUCUUUUUGAUCUUCUUGCAGUGUUUCAAUUACAUCGUUGACUGCUAUCCCUCGUUGUAUGUAACAAUGUAUCUCCUGUGGAGACGAGUGACUAACCCAAUCGGCAGGGCUGCAUCUACUAUUGCCGCGAACACGAUAUUACGCUCAGCUAUUGGCUGCUCAUUCCCACUUUUCUCCCGGCAAAUGAUGGAGAACCUAGGAGUGCAAUGGGCGGGUACGAUGCUUGGAUGUAUCGCGGUUGUCAUGAUUCCUAUUCCUGUUCUGUUCAAGGUAUAUGGUCCAUGGCUGCGAGAGAGAAGUAAAUUGGCGUGCUCGCCGGUUUAUGAUGUCGAAAAGAAACCUUAUGAUGUUUAA